CAACAAAGUAAAAGUUAUCGCCUACCUAGCACCCGACCGCGACUUUAACACGGGACCAUUGACCAUACCGCUAUCCCUCUCAUCUCGUGAAAACAAGUACCGCAAAAAAAAAACAAUGGCGUCCCACAAGGUGUUGAUGCUCGGCGCCGGUUUCGUCACAAGGCCGACCCUCGAUAUCCUGGCCGAGUCGGGAAUACCGGUGACUGUCGCUUGCAGGACUCUCGAAUCCGCCAAGGCUCUCUCGGCCGGCGUCAAGAAUGCCACCCCCAUCUCGCUCGAUGUUACCGACGACCAGGCAUUGGACGCCGAGCUCUCGAAGCACGACCUUGUCAUCAGCUUAAUCCCCUACACCUUCCACGCCCUCAUCAUCAAGUCCGCCAUCCGCCAGAAGAAGCAUGUCGUCACCACGAGCUACGUUUCCCCCGCUAUGCUGGAGCUCGACCAGCAGUGUAAGGACGCUGGCAUCACUGUCAUGAAUGAGAUUGGACUGGAUCCGGGCAUUGACCAUCUCUACGCCGUCAAGACCAUCGAAGAGGUCCAUAUGGAAGGAGGGAAAAUCACGUCGUUUCUGUCGUACUGCGGAGGUCUGCCAGCGCCCGAGAAUUCCGGAAAUCCUUUGGGAUACAAAUUCUCCUGGUCCCCCCGCGGCGUUCUUCUCGCACUGAGAAACUCGGCUAGCUUUUAUAAGGAUGGCAAGAUUGUCAACGUUGCAGGCCCAGAUCUUAUGGCUACCGCUCAGCCGUACCACAUAUACCCAGGAUUCGCUCUUGUUGCGUAUCCGAACAGGGAUUCCACUGGAUACAAGGAGCGCUACAACAUCCCGGAAGCGCAGACCAUUAUUAGAGGCACUCUAAGAUACGCGGGCUUCCCCGAAUUCGUCAAGGUUCUUGUCGAUAUCGGCUUCCUCGAAGAUGGCGAGCAGGACUACUGGAAGGAGCCAAUCCAGUGGAAGGAGGCCACCCAGAAACUCCUCGGUGCUCCGUCGUCAGACGAGAAGGACCUCAUUGAGGCCAUCUCCUCCAAGGCUAGCUUCAAGGAUAGCCAGCAAAGGGACCAUAUUCUGGGCGGCUUGAAGUGGAUUGGGCUCUUUUCAUCAGACAAGAUCAUCCCAAGAGGAAACCCGCUGGACACCAUCUGCACCACUCUCGAAAGCAAGAUGCAGUUCGGCAAGGGAGAACGCGACCUCGUCAUUUUGCAACACAAGUUCGAGGUUGAGUUGAAGGAUGGCAGCAAGCAGACCAGACUGUCGACUCUCUGCGAGUACGGCAGCACGGAACCCGGCGGUUACUCGGCAAUGGCUAAGCUUGUUGGCAUUCCAUGCGCUGUUGCCGUCAAGCAAGUUUUGGACGGAACUAUUGCCGAGAAGGGCGUUUUGGCUCCGAUGAACAGCAAGCUCAACGAUCCCUUGAUCAAGGAGCUCAAGAAAUACGGCAUUCAAUGCGAGGAGGAAAUCGUGGCAUAGAGCAAUCGCUUGGUAUGGAACAAACAGCUGGCUAGCUAGCAAUCAGGCAGUCUACAAAAUAGAAGGCAGAGGCUGAGCGAAUUAAAAAAAAAAAAAAAAAAGUCGGGCCAAAUCAAGGGCUAUUUCUAUCAGUUUUUUGGUUUCUUCUCUUAUGGGCGUAAUUUCUCGUUUCCGUCACUCGGUUGGGAGAUAAAAAACGGAACCGAGAACAAAUAAAAUGUUAGUAGGGACUACCACUGUUACUCAACUCGCUGACUGCCUUGUGGCGAGUGAUUUAUGAUCUUUUUUAUGACCUAAACGCCUCCGAAAGAGAACCAGUACCAUCUCAGCAAUAAAAGCCAACGUACCCAACCUAAACACCCAGGCGAGAAACCCCAGACCCGGGGUCCU